GACGCUAUAAGAGGGCGGCGGUCGCGGCGCGCCCUGCGCGGAUCCCGGAGCGCGAUGGUCAGCCGCCGCGGCGCGGCAAGAUGCUGGAUGGGUCCCUUCUGGCGCGCUGGCUGGCCGCGGCCUUCGGGCUGACGCUGCUGCUCGCCGCGCUGCGCCCUUCGGCCGCCUACUUCGGGCUAACAGGCAGUGAACCCCUGACUAUACUCCCUCUGACCCUGGAGACUGAGGCUGCAGCCCAAGCACACUACAAGGCCUGCGACAGGCUGAAGCUGGAGCGCAAGCAGCGCCGUAUGUGCCGCAGGGAUCCUGGUGUGGCUGAGACACUGGUGGAGGCCGUCAGCAUGAGUGCACUGGAGUGCCAGUACCAGUUCCGCUUCGAGCGCUGGAACUGUACCCUGGAGGGCCGCUACCGAGCCAGCCUGCUCAAGCGAGGCUUCAAGGAGACUGCUUUCCUCUAUGCCAUCUCUUCUGCUGGCCUGACACAUGCACUGGCCAAGGCUUGCAGCGCGGGCCGCAUGGAGCGCUGCACCUGUGAUGAGGCACCUGACCUGGAAAACCGAGAGGCCUGGCAGUGGGGUGGCUGUGGGGACAACCUCAAGUACAGCAGCAAGUUUGUCAAGGAGUUCCUGGGCCGGCGGUCUAGCAAGGAUCUGCGAGCCCGAGUGGACUUCCACAACAACCUCGUGGGUGUAAAGGUGAUAAAGGCUGGAGUGGAGACCACUUGCAAAUGCCAUGGUGUGUCUGGCUCCUGCACGGUGCGGACCUGCUGGCGGCAGCUAGCACCCUUCCAUGAGGUGGGCAAGCACCUAAAACACAAAUAUGAGACCUCACUCAAGGUGGGCAGCACUACCAAUGAAGCCACUGGUGAGGCGGGUGUCAUCUCUCCUCCACGGGGCCGGGCCUCUGGGUCGGGAGGAGGAGACCCACUGCCCCGAACACCAGAGCUUGUACACCUGGACGACUCUCCUAGCUUUUGCCUGGCUGGCCGUUUUUCCCCUGGCACGGCAGGCCGCAGGUGUCACCGUGAGAAGAACUGUGAGAGUAUUUGUUGUGGCCGCGGCCACAACACACAGAGCCGUGUGGUGACAAGGCCCUGUCAAUGCCAGGUCCGCUGGUGCUGCUACGUGGAGUGCAGGCAGUGUACACAGAGAGAGGAGGUCUACACCUGCAAGGGCUGACCCGAGGCCCUGCAGCCCCACCACAAGUGGUGUGGGCUUUGCACACAGCACCAGAAGAAUUCUACACCUGCAGCAGCUGACUCCGCGGCCCUGCCAGCCUUUCUGCAGGGAGUGUAGGCUUUGCAUAUAGUGCAAAGGGUCUUAACCUACGUGGAGUGAGUCCUGCAGGUCCAGCCUAUCCUGCUGUGUGGGGCACAGGUGUUACAAACAACACAAAGGUCUGCAAGGAAGGAGAGGUGCCCUUAGCACACUUGGGCUCUGGUAUACAGACAGCCGGUUGGGCUGUCUCCUGGCCCAGAGGGCGGGGCUGGCCCCUGUCUGGCCUCCUGAACCCCUUUGCUUAUGCCUUGGGCCUGAGCUUCCCCCACUGACCCGAGAGCGUUGCAGUAAUGCUUUCUCAGUUGCCUCUGUCCCUGACACAUCAAUAUAACUCUUGUCAGGGACCAGUGUGUUGACUGGCCCUCCGUGCCUCUUGGCUUCCUCUGAGGCUUGGAGGGCAAGUGCACCUUCAUAAUCACAUGGCUGCCCUUCUGUCCCAGCAGCCUGAUGCCAGCACUGUCUUCAGAGAGCCAAACCACUAGGAGAGGGCAGCCACUCCAUCUCCAGGGCGCAGACUCCGGCCCUCUGACCCUGAGCACUUCCUUGGAGUAUCAGUGAUUUUUAAAUUAUUAUUAUUUAACUAAUAUAGUAAUUAUUAUUUUCUCUGUCCCCUUACCUCCCAGUCUGUGGCUUUUUCCUCUGACCUGCCCCAAGCCCAGUCAAGCCAGUCUGGGAGGCCUUGCCUUCCCUCCCUCCAUAUUCCCUCCUCCUUUGCUUGCUCUAGUUUGAAACCACUAAAUCAAGGUCACAUUUGGAAAGAAAUGAAGCAAUAGAGCCUAGCCAUGGCCCGCAAGGCUUCUGGAAGCCCAUGCCCUGAUUCUACCUUACCUGGGGUCAGAGACCCUCGGUGGUCCCUGCUCUGUGUCCUGCAGGUACAGAGGUCAUGUUACUGGAUGUAGUUUGGGGGCCUGGGGAACUAGAGCCAAGGGCAUGGAGACAAGGGCAGGGUCAGCUUUUUAAUUGUCCAUCUCAGGAAGCCAUUCUUGCUCUGUGUCCCCAGGGGAGGUUCGGAGGGACAGACACACUUGCUGUCAUCAGUCUUGCUGAUGUCUCUGCAGGGGAAAGGUGGCUACACUGAGCUGGUGUUGAGUGUGUGGUCGUGCGUUGUGUGAGUGUGGGAGUGUAUGUAUUCCGAGCUGGCGUGGUCAGCAUCCAGUUGGUCUGUGUCCCUCUGCAGUAUGGUGACUCUUCAGCUUCCAAAAAGUCCAGCCUUAAGUUUGUGGGAAGCCAUGGCUGUGCAGGCUAGAGUGUGGGCAGGUGGCAGACAUUGAGACAGGCACUACUGAGGAAAGGGGUGGCUUCCUUGGAGCACUAGGGGUCCAGAAGACCCAAGCAUGGGGUGGUGGUGGGACUGUGUCUUAAAGGAAACCUAUUUAUGUGGAUGGGGGGCUCUGGUCCCUAUUGGAUGUGUAAAUAGCAAAGUUUAUUCUCCUGUGGUUCCUAUAGCCCACCAAUGAUUGCCACGUUCCCAGGAUGCGUGUGGGUGGCAGUAUACAGUGGCUGGUGGGUGGGAGCAUGCCCCGUACUUCUCAGAUGUCUGUACCCAGUCACACUGCCACCACAGACUAGAGCUUCGUCUCUGUCAGGUCUGGGGAAAGGAGCCUACCAGUCCAGAGGAAGAAUAUUUUUUAUCGAAUACCACAUUUAGCUCUAUGUCCUCAAUAUUCAGAAAAAGUAUUUUUUAAAACAAGGCAGAAUGAAAACGUCUGCCGGCUGGUUUGUUUCUGUAUAAAUAUAUACUAGAAUGUCUUUUUGGAUGAAGCAACUCCCGCAGGCCAGAGCCUCUUUGAUCUUCUCUUCUAUGGGCAGUAGAGUGAGCAGCUGCCCUGCUCCCGCCGGCCACCCAGGUUAUGCCGGCUCUGAGGCCCACUGCCGGCCCGCCUGGCAAUGGGCACACAAGGGAGCUGUCUUUGUGUGGAGUCCUGUGCAGCCUGUGAUUUCUCUACCUCAACUGUGUGGCGAGUAGGUGUGAACCUGAGUGACUGCAGAGAAUGUAUUUAUUUAACAGCUUUGUGUAACAAAACCAGAAACAAAUGGAAACACUAAAUAAAUGUAUUUUAAAUUAUAGACAACCU